UCAUUCCAAAGACAGACUUAUUUGUAUAAUUCCAACCAUCCGGGUCUGAAGUAUUUAUCUUCGAGAAAUUCCCAAGCGAGACUGGUCUUUAUUCCUCAUGCCUUGUUGAAAGGCUUGGAACCCUAACUUCAGCUUGGCUAGACGCCCAUUCUUUUUGCCCCAAGGAAGAGAAUCAGUUAUGGUUCUCUCCUUUGAUUUGCAGGACUUCAUUAUUCGUGCUCGAGUGCUGAAGCUUUACAGGAAUGCGUUACGGACUGCUCGGAGAGCCCCUACUCAUGCUAGAGCUGAAUUGAGACAGACAAUUAGACAAGAGAUGGAGAUUAACCGGAACUGCAAUGAUAAGCAAAGGAUUCGUUUUCUGAUUAGUGAAGGAUUGGAGAGAUUGAAAAGUCUCGAUGAGAUGCUUGAUAUGCAAGGUCACUGAUAGCGGAGUUGACGUGCAUGUAGAAUUUUUUGGAUGUCUUCCUCUUCCGAAGGACAGACGGUUGUACUUUGCCAUGUACAUUGCAACCGUACAUGGCAAACCGGAAAUGUUUUUAGUAUUUUAUUUUUAUUAUUAAACUUUCCUCUAUUUGCUCGACAAUAAAACAUGUACUGUGUGGACAUUUCAAUAACAUCUGCCCAUACUGGAGUAUACUGGUUGGAGACUUCGGGUUACAUAUGUCCAAACAAUUAUAAGUUUGGUACAUAUUAUGUGCGCCCAUA